ACAGCAAAUGGACACGUGAUAUCUAAACGAUGGUUUUGGGUUGCCGCUGCAUUUCUUGGCGGGGCUGCACUUUGUGCUGCAUUUUGUGGUGGAGGUGGAGGCAUAGAAUAUGUAGUUAAUAAACCACCCACAAUAACAUGUCCACCUGUAGUGGGUCCGUUCUAUCCGGACAAAGGGAUGGAUACUGUAGUUGUGACAUGGGACGUGCCUACUGCAUCUGAUCCGGAAGGAAAGCUGGAAAGUGUUGAUUUGGAUGGUACGCCACCCAAUUCAAAGUUUGGAGAUGGUAGUCAUACGAUUCUUUAUACGGCUAGAGACGAUGUUGGAAACACAGAUACUUGUACCAUUAGAUUUCAGGUCAAAGUUAUAUAUUGUUAUUUCGGCAUUAGUUUGUAUGGAAAGCACGGCAGAGCAACAUGUGAUACACCUGCUUUGUAUGGGACGACCUGUGAAUUUUUCUGUAAUACAGGGUAUCAGCUUUCAAUAUCUAGUCCAACAACAAAAAUAUGUGAAAAAAGUGGAUUGAUCGGAGAAUGGCAACCUUCGGAUAAAUUUGUGUGUGAAAAGAAGAAAUGCAGCGAUCCACCUGCGUAUUGUAAUGGACAGUUGCUAUGUUCUGAUGGUUAUAAUUUAGAUUCUGUGUGUUACCCGACCUGUAUUGAAGGUUAUUCCACAGAUAUGACAAAGAAUAUAAGAUGUAAUGGUGAUGAGUGGCUAGGAGUAAACCAUAUACAACCAUGUUUAGAUGUUCAGCCUCCCGAGUUUUCAUUGUGUCCAGAGUCAGUUCAUGCAUUUUCUGAUGUAAAUGGUUUUGCAAUUGUUGAUUGGCCAAUACCAGAAGCAUCAGACAAUUCACAAUAUGCAGACAGUUGCGGAGGUAGUAGUGGAAUAACUGUAUCCCAAGUACUUGGACAAGCUCCAAGAUCAAACUUUGAAAUAGGUUACCAUGACAUAACUUACACUGCAACAGACAAUAACAAUAAUGGUGGAUUGUGUACAUUUACAGUCAUAGUUGAAGAGCUUACUUGUGAUCCGCUUGUUGUUCAAGACCAGUAUUUACUAGUUCAGUGCCCGAAUGGUUAUUCCUUUGGAUCAACAUGUUCAAUUUCCUGUUUUUUAAGCUACGAACUGAAAGGCGGCACGAAUGUUACAUGUCAAAAACAUCCAAAUUUUGAAAACAAAGCAUUUUGGGAUUGGAAAAACGCCAAUGAAUCUUACUGUGAAAAGUUGACAUGUCCUGAUCUACCACCACCGGCUGGAGGUGCUCUGGCAUGUUCCACGGUUCUGGGUAAUCAAAUCUGUACAAUGUCAUGUUCUGAUAAAUACCAGAUAUCUAAACAGACAUCAAAAGAAUAUGUUUGUAAUGAUGACAAAAUUUGGAUACAAGGAAUUCCUCCGAAUUGUACAGACAGAGUUCAUCCAUCGAAUGCAAUAUUGCCCGGUGAAUUAUUUUACUACUACUCAGGGAAUUGUUCAGACUCUGGUGUUCAAGAGAGUAUACAGAAUAAUUUUGUAGAGGUGAUGAAAAGUCUUGAAGGUACAUAUGGAUGGGAUAAUAUUUGUCCAGCUUACUGCACUGUGGAAGGGGUGACUGUUACAUGCGGUCCUUCAAACGGUCGACGCCGACGGAGCAUAUUCAAACGAUCAACAAAUAAUGAAAUUAUAGUUGAUUUUAAAGUUUCAUCACAAUGGGAGACAACUAAAUCCCUAUGGGGAAAUGAUGAUACUCUACAAAACUUGGGCAACUUGAUAAAAAGUGAAGUGUCAAAAGGAGCAGUUGACGUUAAUGGAACUACUACUGGAAGAAUGACUUUUGGUUGGAUAGAAUUCCCAUGUGAAAUUGGGCAAGAACCAGUCUAUGAAGAUGAUGCUAGAUGUGUCGGAUGUUCACCUGGAAAAUAUUUGCAAGACGGGGAAUGUCAUGAAUGUGACAAGGGUAACUUUCAAGAGAAAGAAUACCAAAUAAAUUGCACAAAAUGCCCUACAUGAAAAAUCUACAGCAGAUAAUGGGUCAAAAAGUAUAAAUGAUUGUAAAGAUAUGUGUCCUCCUGGAACUUAUUCUAGCACAGGUGUUGAACCAUGUUCACCUUGCCCUCUUGGACAAUACCAGUCUAUGUAUGAAUCUACAUCGUGUUUGGUAUGUGAUCCAUUAGAGUUUACUAAU